UUUUGUCUUCUGAAGAAACAACUAAAGACGUCAGAUUUUCUAUAUCUUGUCUUCUUCGGAUAGCCCUUCAUCAUUAUCAGUGUAUAUCUGAAUAACGUCCCACGAACUCAAGCGAACGUCCUCAAGGCUAAGAUCCUUGUCCGAUGCGAGGUGAUAUCAUCGCCUUUUCGAGACAGCAAUGAAGCCAUCACGCAUGUUUCUCGGGCUACAUGCAGACAUUGCUGACGAAGUAACCGGCCUAAUUCCCUCGGUCUGGUUCAACCCACAGGACUCUGACGCCGGCUGUCGAAGAAAAUAUUCGACGCACGUAAUGGGUAAAUUCUUCUGCCAUAGCAGAUCUUGCCAAACCAAAUGUUGGGGUAGCAAGAAAGUGGCCAUAUUGAUACGAGGAUAUGACGAUCAUGGAUACAAUGCGGUGGUCUAUGGUCAGAGGUGCAAGGAGUGUGAUCGGCUAGGCAGAAUGGUCUUGGAUGAGGACUCGUACGUCGAUAGAGUCACGUACAGAAUCAUGAGAUGGGCAGGUGUCGGGGAAAUCAGAGACUACGUUGGUGGAAGGGAGGGCCCACCACACGAGACGGAAUAAUGAAGACAUCGACAACCGAGUGCCCUUCACAACUCUUGCAACAUGUCUUUUGAUGCAAUGGAGAACUGAAAGAUCGCUACGAUAUCUAGAGUCGUCUAAUCAAGACUAUUUCAAUCUCAUGUGAACUCCUUUG